CGUCAAUCUUUCGACUUUCGCUAGGAAGACUGUUCAAGUUUCAUUGAGAGGGGAAACUGUCUUAUAUCUAACGUCGCCUGUUCCAUCACAGUCUAGUAGCAGUCACGCGGUUGCUCCUGCUACCUUCAAGCGCUACUUCCUGCGCUGCUACGUUGUCCCAUUAUUUGCGCAGCUUCACAACUUCACAGCUUCAAAGCUUCAACGCACCACCAACACUUCAACAUGUCACUCUUUCGCCCAAUGCUCCUCCGACCAAACCUCCUCUCGUCAUCCCGACCCCUCUGUCUCCGCACAGCCCUCCGCUUCUCAUCCACCUCAGCCUCCGAAGCCACCGUCCUUCCCCGAUUACAAUCCGACCUCAAAAAUGCUAUGCGCGCGAAAAACAAGCCGGCACUCAACACGAUCCGUGCGCUGCAAGCAGAGAUUAUCAAUGCUUCCAAGACUGCGAAGCCUAUAAGCACCGAUGGUGCCUUCUACUCUCUCGUCCAAAAGCAGAUAAAAGCGGCAAAUACCGCCAUCGCGGAGUUUCAGGCAGCGAAGCGGGACGAUCUCGUGGAUAAGGAGCAGCAACAGCUGAAUGUACUGCAGAAAUACGCAGAUGAGAUCCCAAAGCUUGCGGAGAGCGAGGUGGACGUCAUAAUCGAGCAGGCCAUCGCUGGGCUAGAAGAAGGCAAGGCGACGUUCGGGAGUGUCAUGGGGAAGGUCAUGGGGGCUAUCAAAGGGCGGCCGCACGAUGUUGAGUAUGUCACAAAGAAGAUACAAGAGACUGUGGGUAAUAAAUAGUGGGUAGGGUAGGAAGAUUGAGCGACGCAUUCGGACGGAGUGUAAGAUUUAGUGUACCAGGUAUGAUUAUGUGCAGAUCAGAUCAGAUGCCCAAAGCGGCUCUGCCAUCUCUGCUGUCGAACGGUUCGUCUUCACUCUACUACUAGCAAUCUACUAGCAAGUAGCAUAACCUGCCGUGACGGUGGAGAGAUGGUGAUGGUGUUGCGGCUGAGGGAUGCUAGCGGAUGUUACCCCACGAGUCAGCCAUUCUUGCUUCACCAACUUUUGGGCACAUGACGUCAC